AUGCCUCACGACACUGUCAUGACGAGACGCGAGGACAGCCUGGACGAGCCAAUAUACGCGCAAUACCGAUUCUCACAAACAGUGCCCUCAGGGCAAGGCAUCGGGCCGCACAUCAGGCUUCUGAGCGUAUCAGAAGAUAUCCUCGCGACAGUCCACGGCGACCGCGAUGUGCUCAUUUGGAACGUCAAGCGCAACUUGCCUCCUCAGCGCAUCGAGAUUGAAAUUGUCCUCGACUUCAUUACGGGCAUUGCCAUCUCGCCAGCAAGCAGCAACAUCGUCGCGCUGUCAUUCCGAUUGGGGCCCAAAUGCGAGGUAUGGACAUUCAACUGGGCAGACCAAGUCGCCGAGGCAAUGUUCACGACGGGAUUGGACCUCCACUCACCACAAUUUUCGCCUGACGGUCGAUUACUUGCCUGGAUAUCGGCCGGGAGCGUGGAUGUUUGGGAAACGAUCAUCAACACGCACGUCCAGACAGUCAGCGAAAAUCAGUCGGGAAGGCUGGUCAGCUGGGAUGUCGUAACAUGGUCGUAUAUCGGCGAAUCGAAGGUUCAGCCGGCGAUGGACGACGACGGGAGGGAACCGGUGCAGCUUGUUACGGACAACAGGCGUGUUAUGAUGGUCUCUCGUGAGGUGGGCGAAGUUGCGCAAAGGUGGAGGCUGACAACAUGGUGGCCGAGUAGCGAUAACAGGUCGGAGCUCGAGAUGGACGGAUGUGUGUAUGGAUGCGUUCCUGGGAAUUGCGCCUUCGUUGCGACGGUGCAGUCGGACGGGGGAAAGCUGCGAAUCCGCGACACGAACAAAGGCAUGUGCUUCGACCAGUCGACUCAGGGCAUAGCGAAACGCGGCAAGACACCUUCGGUGGUGAUGGGUGGCAUGGUGAUAAGUGGAAAGAUUAUGGUGACACAACUUGCCAACGGAAGGACGACGAUAUGGCAAUUGGUGGCCACGGAAUAG